AUGCUUAAAGCAGGUUAUAUUAGACAUACGGUUUAUAAAUUAACAUUUUCUGAACACUGUUAUUAUAUUUUUGGCGAUAAUUAUUCACAAGGUAUUUCUCAAUUAACAUUUGAUGAAGAAUCUGAUGAUUAUGAAUCUGUUUUUGAUCAAACAAGUACUACUAAUCGUCGUAGUGGUGAUUCAUCAUUAACAACAAGACAACAUACUGUUACAAAUGUUGGUUUUAUUGAUAAAAAUAAUGCUCCACUUCAAUCACCUUCGCAAUCUUUAUUAAUUGAUACUCAUAAUUCAGGUGAGAUUAAAAUUAAAAAAUAA